CCACCUGGAAGAAAAAACACAGUGGGAACACCCGAAGUCUGGGAAGAGGAAACGUGUAGCAGGAGGUCUGCCGUAUGGAUGGGAGCAGGAGACUGAUGAAAAUGGACAAGUCUAUUUUGUAGAUCACAUAAACAAAAGGACUACCUACCUUGACCCAAGACUGGCCUUUACAGUUGAAGAUAAUCCAGUAAAACCUACUACUAGACAAAAAUAUGAUGGAAACAGUACUGCAAUGGAAAUACUCCAGGGUCGUGACUUGAGUGGGAAAGUGGUUAUAAUCACGGGAGCAAAUUCAGGAAUAG